AUGGCUAAUGAUAUUCAAAUGGAGGAUUUGGAGUCAUUAAACAUUUCACUUGGGCCAACUGAAUCAACACGAUCUUCGCCUUCCACGACCCCCGAUAUAUCCGACUCCCGGACGGAUUACAGCGAACAUAGUUUGAAUGGGUCUGGCCCCUCAACACCUAUGGCUACCGACAACUUGAACAUUCCACCAGAGAUGCCGAAUGUUAAAGUUUACCAUCCGUAUGAUAUCGAGGAGCCGGACGAUGAGCCUAACCCUGCUGUCCAAAAACUGGAGUUCCAAUGUCUGCCGGACUUCUUCGAAGGAUGGCAGCGCGAGCUUAUAGAGUACAUGAACGGCCUAGGCAAUGAUCCAUCGAAACAAAUCAUUUCUAAGCCAUUGACAGCCCCUAGAAGAGGCCAGAAGCGCAAGCCAAGCAGCAUGUCUGGAACGGGGUACCACUCGUCGCACUCCCCCUGCUCAACUUUCAAGACUGGACCGGGCGAAGAGCCAAUGUCAGUGCCUGGUUUGUCUUCAAAGCGACGACGGAGACGCAGUAAAAUUCCAGACGACUCUAUGAAAGCUGCUCAUUCGGUUUCUCUGCAUGACUUCCGCGAGGACAGAGUUAACGGUGGCUCGAGCUCAGAUGCAUGGUCAACUGAUAGCAGUGCUGAAAUGUACGAGUCCGCCAUAGUCGACGAUAUGGAUCUUGACUGA